AUGGCGGAAGGAACACAAGGUCACAUGUAGAUCUCUUACAAUGGAUAAAACAAGUCAGAAUACAACUUCUAAGUCAGCGUUUCAUCCUGACGGAAGGUUUCAAUGUUAUGGUUUCGGUUUUAAUGGCUUUCGACAAAUUACUGCCAAAGCUAUAAACGCAAAUGAAAGCCAAGAAGUGGAUUUCGAGACUGGUGGAUCACAUCCCGCUUCAGUCCUAACACCUGUUCAGCUGAAUUUUGACUGUGUUAGUGGUAUACUGGCUUCCUGGUCGAGCACAUUUUAUCUUAAAGAGAAUGGUACUAUCAAUAAGGUUGGAUGGAAUUCUAAAACAAAAAUGUUUGGGGAAGAGGAAAAUCUUCUUCCAGAUCAUUUUGUUACAGAUGCAUGCUGUAGCUGGACACAACUUGUCUUUCUGACCAAAGAUGGAGAUUGCUUACAAUGGACUGAUUACACUAGAUUUAAUGAAGAAUCAAAACUUGUGAAAGUCUGCAGUAAUGGCACAAAAUUCAAAGAAGUUGGCUGCAGAGAGUCCAGCUGCAUUUUGGUCACAGGAAAUGGACAGGCUGGUGUCAUCUGCAAUGAUCAAGUGAAAGAUGGUGCUGUUGCAAAACCAGUUCCUGUGUUUAAAGCAAUAGCCAUAGAUAAAGAGAUAACAUCAGUUGCUUGUGGCAAAGAACAUGCUCUGCUGUUGACUUCAUCAGGAACUGUCUACACCCUUGGAAGUGGAAGAGUUAUACACCGGUAUGAUGCAGCUGUGUGAUUGUCAUUUACAGAAACAAGGUCUUAAACCGUAAGUCAGUUAAGUUUUCUAAGUUGUAGAAGUUUUAUCAAAUGCGCCAUUAUGAAAAGUUUAUGAGUCAUUCAAGCUUUCGUAAUACAUUCAAAGUGUAAGUGAUUCCACUGUUUUCAAUUAGAGAGAGUUUUCCAUGUUUUCUUUAGAAGUGUUCUUUCAAUAAUGGUUUAUGGCAACUUUUUUUGGUUGUUGUCGUUUUUCAAGUUUAGUACAGUUAUUUACAUCUCCUAGAAUCAUAUUGUGUCAGUCGUAACCGGUGUUAUUCCUCGAAUUAAAAAAAGAGUGGACCGUGUAAAAUUAUUUAGUUGGUAAAAAAAAUUGAUGUAUGCUAAAUUAUUUGGGUUCUGCCUUUCAGAUAACUGAAAUACAUGAUGCCAUGGAGUUUUUGCACAAUGAAGUCGAGAGAGGGGAGGAGGACGCAAGAGACGAUGAUAGGGAGAGGCGGCGAAGAGAUAGGGAAUGAAGGAGAGAAGAGGGAAGAUAAGGGAUAAGGGCUCCUGUGCGAGAGAGAAGGGUCGAGGAUGAACGGCCUGAAGAAGAGAACAUUGUGCAACCGCGCCCACCACCGCGCCAACCCUUACGUCAACCUCCAGGUCGACCCAGGAAAUGUUACAACUACGGAGCUAUGGGUCAUAUCCAAGCUCAGUGUGGACGACGUAGACGUCGUGAAAGGAAACCACACAGCGGGGACAGUGACGUUAGAGAAAAUGAAAUACAAUACCACUUUCACGGCACUGUCAAAAACCUUAAAAAAUUGAAAUAAAGUGUGGUUUAAAU